CUUCUCCGUAGUAGGAAUCUUAACAUCGUUGUCGAGCAGUAGCUGUGGUGAACGGCUUCUGAAUUAAUCUUUUGGACUUAAUUCCACACAAUCGUAUCAGUUUCUUGUUCGAUGUGUUCGCACUAUGUAACUAGAGUUACAUAAUUCGCAAUGUACUAACGGGUCUGACCCUUCGUUGCUGUCGAGCGACCAAAGGUCAUUUUAUUUCCGGCUGCAGGUCUCGCUGUCUGGUGUUGAACUCCGACAUGAGCGCAAGGAAUAUUGCCCGCUUUUGGGAAUGGGGAAGGAAAAUUAUAUGCGUCGGGAGAAACUAUGCAGAUCACGCCAUCGAGCUCAAAAACGCAGUUCCCAGCGAACCCGUGCUGUUCCUGAAGCCCCCGUCUGCUUACGUCACGGAAGGGUCUCCGAUCCUGCUUCCCUUCUACACCAGCAUACUCCACCAUGAAGUCGAGCUGGGGGUGCUGAUUGGUAAAGGGGGAACCGAUAUUCCUCAAUCGUCAGCCAUGGAGCAUGUGGCUGGAUAUGUGUUAUGCCUUGACAUGACAGCUCGGGACAUUCAGGACCAAUGCAAGUCCAAAGGUCUUCCAUGGACCCUGGCCAAAGCUUUCAACACCUCAUGUCCCAUCAGUGACUUUAUCCCCAAGGAGAAGAUCCCAGACCCAGGGAACAUCAACCUGUGGUUGAAAGUGAACGAUACUGUGAAACAGAAUGGAAGCACAUCCCAGAUGAUCUUUUCCAUCCCGUAUCUCAUCAACUACAUCAGCCAGAUCAUCUCUUUGGAGGAAGGGGAUCUCAUUCUCACUGGGACCCCCAAAGGAGUGUCAAGUGUCCAGGAACAAGAUGUACUUCAAGCUGGGAUUGACGGCAUUGUGACCAUGAUGUUUAAAGUUGAUCGGAAAAGUUGA